CUAUCCUCCCACACCAGUGGGAGAGAAAGAAAAGAACCAAAAAAAUAGAAAAAAGAAUGGCUGCUACUUUCACAUUUCCAUCCUCUGCCUUUGUUGUUAGGUGCUGUGCCAUGAGAGAAAACCAUGACCAGCAUAAGCAACAAUUGAACAGCAACAGCAUCAGAGUGAAUGGGAAUAAAGUUGAGACACUUAGCCACAAAGCUGAAUCAUCAGCAGCUACUACCACUACUACUCUUCUCAGUUUUGCUGAGAGUGGCCAACGCCAGAAUAUCCCAACAAAGAAGCAGUUGGUUGAUCCUCAUCGCCAAGGGCUCAUUGCUGAAGGUGGAGUUGUUUACAGACAGACUGUUGUUAUAAGGUCCUAUGAGGUUGGCCCUGAUAAAACUGCAACACUUGAGAGCAUCCUCCAUUUUCUUCAGGAAACAGCAUUAAACCAUGUAUGGAUGUCUGGACUGCUGGGUGAUGGUUUUGGGGCAACACAUGGAAUGAUAAGGAACGAUCUCAUUUGGGUUGUCUCAAGAAUGCAAGUUCUCAUUGAUUACUAUCCCAUCUGGGGAGAGGUGGUUGAAAUUGAAACAUGGGUUGGAGCAUCAGGCAAGAAUGGAAUGCGGCGGGACUGGCUGAUAAGAAGCCAAGCAACAGGCCAAGUUUUUGCACGUGCAACAAGCACAUGGGUGAUGAUGAACCGGAAAACAAGACGCCUCUCCAAACUGCCAGAAGAGGUGAGGGGUGAACUUGCACCUUGGUUUCUAGAGAAGCAAGCAAUAAAAGAGGAUACUCCUGAAAAGAUUGUCAAGUUGGACAAAGAAGCUAAAUACAUGAAUUCUAAUUUGAAGGCCAAGAGAAGUGAUUUGGACAUGAACCAACAUGUUAAUCAUGUGAAGUAUGCAAGAUGGAUGCUGGAGACUAUCCCAGAGCAAAUUCUUGAGAGCCACCAAUUAUCUGGUAUCAUACUAGAGUAUAGAAGGGAGUGCAAAAGCUCAGAUAUAGUUCAAUCACUAUGUGAACCAGAAGAAGAUGAAAUACUUCAUGGUGUGGUGGAACCAGAUUACUACACAAGUCUGCUCAAUGGGUUGUCCUUGGCAUCAUCAGAUAUUAUAAAUGGUGGUGGGGGAGUCCUGACCUGCCUUGAACAGAGGCCAAUAAGGUAUACACACUUGUUACAACUCAAUGGAGACAAUCAAAGAGAUGAAAUUGUCAGAGGAAGGACAAUGUGGAAGAGGAAGUUCACUACAAUUCCAUUUUCCACCUAGCAAUAAGUGUGGAAGUAGUAGCCAUUGGGAACUGGGAAGAAACAAAAGAAUCAGCUUUUACUACUCUGGUGGUGUUCUUACCAAGAAAUUUCUUGGCAUAAACAUAAACGACAUGAAGAAAAAUUACAACCAGGAACAUUUGGAGAUAGAAACCAUACAAGUAAAAAAAGUAGCAAUACCAAUGGAGUGUAACUUACAAAUUGCAAACAUGUUUUUAAUUUUAAUUCAUGAUACUAGUGUGGAGCGCAAUAAUUUGUUUGCGAAAAGAUGCAAUUUUUGUGAGAUUAAAUAUAAUAUAAUUUAUAAUGAAGUUUCAUUCACUUUGA